GCCCCCCCUGCUCCCUCCUCUUCCUCCUCCACCUCCCUCCUCCUCCUCCUUCCUCCUACCUGAUUCAGAUCCGCUCCGACGCUAUGCGUAUGACCGCGUCUCUCUCUGCAAGCCGAGCACCACCGGCGAGACAGAACGCCGGCUGAAACCAGCGACCCAAAGCCGGGCAAACAGGAGCGGGAGACGCCGCUGCUGAUUCAACCUCCGGCAGGGGGAGAGAAGGAGAAGGAGGAAGAAGACAUCACCGGGCGUUAAGAGUCCUGGAUAGAGAGUGUGGCGUCCCGGAGCCGGCGUUCCUAUCCUCUCCUCCUCUCUUUCAUCCACCUAAGACGAGCUUUUCACCUCCUCAACACUCUGCUCUCUCCUCCUCUUCUUCCUCCUCCUCCUCCUCCCACUCUUCCUCUUUUUUUUAAAUCCAGAAGUUCUCCUCCCUCCUCCUACCUGCGUCUCCUCGCUCUCUCUUGUCCUCUGCUGCUCUGAGCCCGCCAUGGCGUCCAAACUGAACCCAAACGUCCUGUACGUGGCGGAGCACGGCGAGUCGCUGGGAUCGUCCCAGGCCGACUCGGAAAGGACUCAUAAUGCUGGAGAGGCAGGAGAAGAGUCAUCAGACAGCGACGGGGAACAAGAGGAGACGUCGCACAAGCUGAUUCGUAAAGUGUCGACGUCGGGACAGAUACGGGCCAAGAAAAGUGUGAAGGAGGGAAUCCUGUUGAAGCAGACCAGUUCUUUCCAGAGAUGGAAGAGGAGAUACUUCAAACUCAGAGGGAGGACCCUGUACUAUGCCAAAGACUGCAAGUCUCUGAUUUUUGAUGAAGUGGAUUUAUCGGACGCCAGUGUGGCGGAGACCAGCACCAAGAACAUCAACAACAGCUUCACGGUGAUCACUCCUUUUCGCAAACUAAUGCUAUGUGCUGAGAGCAGGAAGGAAAUGGAGGACUGGAUCGGCGCCCUCAAAUCCGUCCAAAAAUGGGAAACCUACGAGGCAUCACAGUUCAACAUGGAGCACUUCUCCGGUAUGCACAACUGGUACGCCUGCUCGCACGCCCGACCGACCUUCUGCAACGUCUGCAGGGAGGCUCUGCCGGGGGUCACGUCCCACGGCCUGUCCUGUGAAGUCUGUAAGUUCAAGGCUCAUAAACGCUGUGCCGUUCGCUCCACCAACAACUGCAAGUGGACCACGCUGGCCUCCAUAGGAAAUGACAUCAUCGAGGACGAGGAAGGGGUGGUCAUGCCCCACCAGUGGCUGGAGGGCAACCUGCCAGUCAGCGCCAAAUGUGUGGUGUGUGACAAGAACUGUGGCAGCGUGCGGCGGCUGCAGGACUGGCGCUGCCUCUGGUGCAAAGCCAUCGUCCAUAACAGCUGUAAAGAACAAAUGGGAAAGGUAUGUCCCCUGGGUCAAUGUCGAGUGUCCAUCAUCCCUCCCACUGCACUUAACAGCAUCGACUCAGAUGGCUUCUGGAAAGCCACCUCAGCGUCGUGCUCCAGCCCUCUCCUGGUCCUCUGCAACUCCAAAAGUGGAGACAACCAGGGGGUGAAGUUCCUCCGCAAGUUCAAGCAGUUUCUCAACCCGGCUCAAGUUUUUGACCUGAUGAACGGGGGACCAGAGCUCGGCCUGCGCCUCUUCCAGAAGUUUGUGACGUUUCGAAUCCUGGUGUGCGGAGGAGAUGGCAGCGUGGGCUGGGUGCUCUCAGAGCUCGAUAAACUAAACCUUCAUAAACAGUGCCAGCUUGGUGUGCUGCCUCUGGGCACAGGUAACGAUCUGGCUCGUGUCCUCGGCUGGGGAGGCCUCUGUGACGAUGAUGCUCAGCUGUUGCAGAUCCUGGAGAAACUGGAGAGAGCCACCACCAAAAUGCUCGACCGGUGGAGUGUGAUGACUUACGAGCUGCCCACCAGCGCUAAACGCACACCGAUCGUGAAAGAAGACGACAGCCUCGAUUCUCCUCUGCAGGUCCACAUCACUCAGUAUGCAGACUCUGUGGCCUCCCACCUCGCCAAGAUCCUCGACUCGGACAAGCACAGUGAUGUCAUUUCCUCUGCCAAGUUCCUGUGUGGGACGGUGAACGAUUUUGUGGCGGAGGUGGGGAAGGCGUACGAGAGAGCCACGGAGAACAAGGAGGAGGCCGACGCCAUGGCAAAGAAGUGUGCUCUGCUCAACGACAAGCUGGAUUCACUCGUCAAGGCCUUAAGUGAGGAAGCGGAGGCUCAGGUGGUGCCGGCAGGAUCAGUGCCCAGCCAGGAGAGCGGCGGCUCGAGCCCCGGGGAAAGUGGCGGGGAGUCGGGUUCAGAGGGUAAAACAUAUCGGUCCAAGGAGCAGCUGAUGCUCCGAGCCAACAGCCUGAAAAAAGCCCUGAGGCAGAUCAUCGAACAGGCCGAGAAAGUGGUGGAUGAGCAGAAUCGACACACCCAGGUCCAGAGGAUGUCGUCGUCGUCCUCCUUCAAAAGAGAAAACAGCGAGGAGUUUAAGGAUGCGGAGCCGCGUCUUGGAAGCUUAAGUCCCACCUCCCCCAUCGUCCUUGAGAAACCAGAGAGCCUGAACACUGUCACCUUCAACGAGGACGCCGUACACUGUUCUGAGAAGUGUGUGAUGAACAACUACUUUGGCAUCGGCCUGGACGCCAAAAUCUCCCUCGAGUUCAACAACAAGAGAGAUGAGCACCCGAAGAAAUGCAGUAGUCGCACCAAAAACAUGAUGUGGUACGGAGUUCUAGGGACUAAAGAGCUGGUCCAGAAGACGUACAAGAACCUAGAGCAGCGAGUUCAACUGGAGUGUGACGGUGUUCCCAUGCCUCUGCCGAGUCUGCAGGGCUUGGCUGUGCUCAAUAUCCCCAGCUACGCAGGCGGUAUCAACUUCUGGGGAGGCACUAAGGAGGAUAAUAACUUUGGUGCUCCGUCUUUUGAUGAUAAGAAGUUGGAGGUGGUGGCGGUGUUUGGCAGCAUGCAGAUGGCCAUGUCCAGAGUCAUCAACCUGCAGCACCAUCGCAUUGCACAGUGCCGGCAGGUGAAGAUCACCAUCCUGGGGGAGGAGGGGGUCCCCGUGCAGGUGGACGGAGAGGCCUGGAUUCAACCGCCCGGCAUCGUCAAGAUCGUCCACAAGAACCGAGCGCAGAUGCUCACCAGAGACAGAGCGUUUGAGAGCACUCUGAAGUCAUGGGAGGACAAGAGGAAGAUCGACAGCUACCGCGCCGACCGGCCCCGCCUCAACUCCCAGCAGUCCAUGGAGUACCUGACGGAGGAGGAGUGCGCUCAGGUGCAGCAGCUAGGACUGGUGGCCGACACACUCAUCACUAAGAUCCGUGAGGCGGCCAAGACCCACAAGCUGGUGGAGCAGGAGCUGGCUCACGCCGUCAACGCCACCGCCCUGGUGCUCACCGAGGCCAAACUGUCCAGCCCCGAGUGCCUGAGUCGCAGCACGGCGGUGGAAAUCGUCAACAGCAGUAAAGUUCUGCAGGCUGAGACCAAGAUGCUGCUGGAUGGAAAACUACUGUCGGAGUGUCCGGAAGAAGAGGAGCUACGGUCGACUCUGAACAGCCUCAGCGCUGAACUGCACAAGCUGGACGACAUCCACUGGAUCUGUCCGCUGAUGCAGUGCUCCGAGGAGGACUCGGUUCGGGGCAGCAGUAAGAGCAGCAGCAGCAUGAAGCUCAAGAUUAUUCCCAAGGUGAAGAAGGAGAGGGAGAAGCUCCAUAAGCAGAAGUCCAACAGCUCCCUCUCAGGUACUUGGGAAAUCAAAGGUGGGGCUGCUGAAGCGGAUUCUCCGGGCAACUGAAAUCUCGAAUGAGGUGCUUUUUAUUUCUGCCCCAUGUUACUUUGACAAUCAGGGGCAAGGAGCUCCUCCGCUCUGAUCGUGAUACCCGGGGACCAGUCAGAGGCGUGAGGAAGAAGAAACGAGGAACCAUCUUCCCAACUUUUACGCCAUUCCCUCCAUUUUUGAAGUCUCCUCUCAGAGGAUGAAGGCGUCGUUCCUUUAGUUUUUUUUAUUUUAUUGACGUACUUUGAAGGGGCCUGGUUUUGCAUUGCAUUGCGUCACCAUUGGGCGUUCUGCUUUGGGUUGUGUUUACCUGCUUGAGUAAGGAUGUUGUCGUGACCAGCAGCAAAUCAAACCAAGCAAGAAAUGGAAGAAAAAGCUCUUGCAAUUUUUUUUGUUUUGUUUUUUUCGACGAAGAAAUGUGUUUACUUGGUGCUCUCUUUGCAUGUCGAGUGCAGCCGUCUUAUUUUAUAUCUAUCAUAAGUUGUUACAAACUUUUCAAUUCUCGUCUCUACAUUCAAUCCUUUAAUUCUUAACUUGCAGCCUUUAGACUUUGAUUUUUUUUCUCAAGACUUUCGGAAAAGAGUAUUUAUUUGUUGUUGCUACUGCCAUGAGAACUCAAACGGCAACAAAUCAAGAAAAAUGAACAAACUGAAACAUCUCAACCUUAUCGUCUACUGAACUGGGAAACAUCUUAAAUGUUGCAAAAAAAUAUACUGAGGAAUGUACCUGUGUGGACUUGUAUUAUUUACCUGUGAAUAAUGAUAACGUCAUAUAAGAUUUCACAAAGGUUCUAUUGUUGUGGUUCUAAAGUGGUUCUUAAAUAGGAUGUUGUCUGACUUGUGCUUUCUGAGGCUAUGCAGCCGCACUGCAAAAAUAGCGUUGUUUACGAUGAGUCAUUUCGUCUGGAGAUUAGCUUUAUUAAAACAUCUUUGAGUGUAGGAUUUAAUGUACGGUACAAACUCUCUGUUCUUAUCAAAGUCUUAUGCUGGAGUCGAGAAAUAAAUCCUUUUGGUGGUACAGUACCAGACGAAAUGACUCAAGCAGUCAGAUGUUUUUGCAGUUUAAGGUGUUUACAGGAGGAGGAAGCAUCAAGGACGCUUUGAUAAAACAUUACUCAGUAUAUUACUUCUACUUUGCCAUACUGCUGAUUGUAUAUUUAACAUAGGAAUAAGAGUCAGUGCAUAUUUAAUUUUGCCUUGUCUGUGGUUAAAAGCUAUUAUUAUAUUAAUAUUAUUGCAAAAAAAUAUAUAUAUAUUUUUCGUAUAUCUUAUUUUUAAAUGCUGAUCUGCUUUGCUGCUUCCCCCUUUGACAAACUCCUUGGCCACUGUGCAUAUAAUCGAAGCCAAUAAAUGCUGUUCUGUGUGUCUCUGCAUGCAAACUUAGCUCUACUCCGCCUCACAGUGAGGGAGGAAGUUGCCUCGAGGAAAGUGAAUUUUAGCUUGUUUCUUCAAACGGCAGCAUUUGCAAUUUUUUUUGAAUCCGUCCUUGCUGCUUUCCACACCAGCUGUUCGGGGGUUUUGACUCUUAGAUGUCUGUAAAAUGCUUUAUUUUGUGUCCAAACUUAAAGAGAAUGUAAUUGAUUCAAACCCCCGACUAUCGAGCAGCUUAUAACAAAAAACAAGACUUCAAAAGGCAAAAGUUAGUAUGAGAAUUUGUCUUGAAUUCAGGUGCUGCUUUGAGGAACUGGCUAAAAUUUAAAGCAACUUCUACCCUGUUUAUACUUUGAUGUUUUUGAAAGAAGUGAAGGUACAUUUUGGUAAAUUUGCUAAUAUGCUGGGAGUGGGUUGGGGGGAGCUUCCAGUUUUCGGCAGAAAUUGGAAAAAAUUCUCCAAUUAAAUUAAGAUACACCUUUAAGCAUCACCCAAAAUGUUCUUACCAAUUUGGACAAUGAUUUCCCCAAUCAUGUUAAACUCCCCAACCCUAACCAAGGCCUAAAAAUUGCCUCCAAACCUGACUGAUUUCAUUUAGCUUAAAAUAAGUCCUCAACUGUAGCCCAGAAACGGUUGCUAUUUUAUUUAAUUAAAGUUUUUCUGAAAAACAUGGCACAUUUUAAAAUAGUGUAAAUAUCCAUCUUCCAUCACAUUUUAGAAAAAAAUGUAAGCUGUGUUGGGUUAUCAUGAUGUGGCAAAGCUUCAACGUUAGCGAAACGUUAGCCGAAUGUUUCUGUUGUGUUAAGUUUUACAAACAUAUUUUUUUAUUUAAGGUAUUAAAUAAACACAUACAGUAGAUAAGAAAACUCUUUAACAGAUGGGCUCUCUUUCCCAUACGCAAGCGCUUAGUCGUGAGCUAAUGGUUGCUUAACAAGCUAGCUAGUUUAACAUGUGUUCAGGUUAACUGAUGGCACAGAGAUGAUUUUUAAAAAAGGACAAUUAUCUUAAAGACAGCAGGGAGUGUAAAUUUCUCAAAAUGUCAGCUUUGAAACUUUUAAUUACCAGGAUGUAAUUAAAAAAGUGAAGUCUCCUUGGCACGAUUGAACGUCAGUCAAUGCUAGCUAACAUACAGGUUAGUGGAGUUAAUCUACAACAUUUAAAGGUACUUUGACGAAUAACAGAAACGUUUUUCUUUUCAUGUUAUGUAAAUAACUUGAUGUGAAAACUCCACUACUUUAAAAUUUAAUAUAAAAGGGACAAAACCGUGACUUUAGCAUUCAGUGUUGACUCAUGUUUGAUCAUUCAGACUUUAUCUUUAGCGUCCUGUAAGAAGGCUGUUUACUUAUAAAAAAUAAUUUCUGUGAUUUUUUUUUUUCCAUUUCAUGUAAAUGCUUGAUUCUCGUCUUAUUUUCAGGUAUUGAUAUCUUUCUCAAACUAACCUUUGUUGGGGCUCGUUUACUGUGAGGCGCUGUAGAUGUUCAGCUCUGGUAGGAUUGUGCUACUGUAUCCAUAGUGUGCCAGCUUAACGCUCUACACCUUAGAGGCUUUAGUGGUGUCGUGCCAAGUUUGUACCGAGUUCAGUGGGGUUACGAGACAUACAACGAGCGCGUGUGAGAGUGCGUUAGCUUCAGAUGCGAAUGUUGUUGUAUGUCGUACAUUUCAAAGUUUACUGUAUCUUGCCUUGCACUUUACAAAAACGCAACUUAAUGGGGAAAAAAAGACAUUUGUGUGCAUGUGUGCGCGUGUGUUUUAAGAUUUUGAGUGUUUUUUUUAACUUAAUUUGAUGAUAAAAACAUUUUAUUUAUGAAAAACGUAUACGGACAAAUGUGUGUUGAUAAAAUGUAAUAUAUCUAACCAAACGUAAAUGAAUGAUAAAUAUGUAUACACAAAUGUUUAUUACAUCAGUGGUUGUACAAUGACUCCCACAGCAGCUUGAGAUUUCCCAUUUAACGCCAAUGUUAUUAAUGUGAUUACAUGUUAUUCCACUGCCACAGCAAUGUCAUCUAAGUGUCUUUCAAAUCGGUAUUUAGACAUUAAUUUAAGAAGAAAAUGCAGAUAUGAAACUAUUCCAACUUUAAGCCAAAGUAAAUGGGAUUUUCCAGUGUUACUGCAGACUACUAAUGAAUUGUUUACACAGAAAAAAAAAGAUGUCAUACUCAGCCUGUGUUUAGCCAAUAUUUGGGUGAACAUUAGUGUAUCAUUUUGAAAUUGUAACAUCGGUUGAAAAAGUCUACUUUACGCUUUACUUACCAAUAGUUGUGCUGAAAAACGAACGCAGGUUUGUCAAGUUGAGGGACCACACAUUCUUGGAAGCCAUUUUUGGAAUACACAAAAAUCUUGUUGCCUGUGUUUACUACUCUUUUAAACAAGGACUUCAUGGUGUUUUUGUUUGUUCUUUUACAUAUCAGAAUGUGUUUUUCUUUUCUUUUUUUUUUUAUCAUUUUUUUGUCAUUGUUUUAAACACAAAAAUGUCACAUUUGACUGAAACUAUUCCAAGGACUUUUGUGGAGCUGAAAAAAACAACAACAAAAAAAACACUGAAAUGAACCAACACAUGACUCCGCCAUGUUUGUGCAACAGUAUUCCAUUGAUGACAUUUGUGAACGCACCCCUUUUGAUCAGAUCAGCCCACAUUAUGUACUGAGACUGUGCGAGCGAUGUUGGAAGCCAGACUAGAUGUUGCACGACCUUGUACGUUGGGAGGUGUUUUAAUCGUGUUAUCGUGUGCAGUGUGUAAAAAAGACAACGUCAGCGCAAACUCUUGGAAAAUUAAAUGAAUUAUUGAAGUGUGA